UCUCUCUAGAAUUUUCCAUCUUCCACUUUCUCUCUCUACCUAUACAUACACACAACCCUAUAUCUACACACCUCUAUACAUUUACUGUUCCUUCUUCUCUAACUGUGGUAAUUUCGGUUAGUUAUUUUGGUUUCUUUUUUUAGGAAGUAUUUUUUUUUUUAAAUGGAGAUGUAUAUGAAAAUGGAAGAUUUAUCGUAUUUACUUUCGUUGCUUUAUGUGAUUUCUUCUGGAAGAUUCGCUGCUAAAAAUCGAAUAGUUGUUAUUAAACCGUUCACGAUGAAGAUACCGAUACUACUAAGCGCGCCUCGAAGUUCGUGUAAGUUUAGGGUUUGCUAAAUUUACCUUCUGUUACCGUUCGGUUAAAUUUUACUUUUUACCUGUGUUGUUGUUGUUACUGAGUACUGAUUUGAAGGUGAAUUUCGUUGAAUUUUGUGGUUUUGGAAGUUGUUUAGUUUGGAAUUACUCAAGUUUACAUUCUCUGUUUGAUAAUUGUGUCAAAUUUCGAGAGAAGUUGUUAAAUUUGGUAAUUUUGAGGAAAUUAGAUGUUAGUUUGGAAUUUACUGAAGUUUGUGAAUGAUAAUUCUGUCAAAUUUCGAGAAGUUGAAGGAUUAGUGUGGAAAUUCAUCGAAUUUCGUGGUUUUGAAGUUGUUUAAGUUUGGUGUACUUUGUGGAAAUUGUUGGUUCGGAAUUACCGAAGUUUGAAUUCCUUGUUUGAUAAUUCUGUCAAAUUGGAGAAGAGUAGUGCUUUUGUUGUUGUAAUUCAUGCGAAAAUUCUGAAAAAUUUGGCCGAAUUUGGUGAUUUUUGCCAUUAUAUGGACAAUAUUGAAAAUAUGGUGAGAGAUCUGUUGGCUUUUGUUGUUCGGAGUACUUGAUUUAAGAGGCCAUUGUUGAGUUGGAAAUUUGGUUUGUGGACGAAUUGAAUGGCGGGUAGGCAACUAGAUUUCCCUAAGACGAGUACUUGUAACUUGAAAGAGCAGUUAGUGAGGAGAACUUUGCAAAAUGUGAGGUCUCAAGGGCACACGUAUAUUGAGCUUAGAGAGGAUGGGAAGAGAUUAGUCUUUUUCUGCACGCUAUGUCAUUCUCCGUGUUAUAGCGAUUCGGUUCUUUUUAAUCAUUUGAAAGGUAGUCUCCAUACGGAAAUGGUUGCUGCUGCGAAAGCCACGUUGUUGAAACCUAAUCCUUGGCCUUUCAACGAUGGGGUACUUUUCUUUUAUGAUUCGGAGCAAGAUAAACACUCACCUAUUGAGAAUGCUGGAAAAAGCAAGCUGGUGGACACUUGUCUUGUAGAUGAAAGUAGUCUUGCUAUUGUUGAAUAUGAUGGCAACUCGAGACCUAAUGGGGGUGCACGUGACUACGGCCUGAUGGAUAGUGAGUUUACUGAUAAUGGAGAGAGUGAUAACUUGGUUAUUCCGGGUGUGUUGUGUAAAGAUGAAGUAACUGAUCUUGAAGUGAAGCUUAUUGGUAUUGGACAAAUCGCAGUACGGCUUACUGUACAUGACAUUGACUCGAAAAGAAUUCGUAGGAUAUGGUGUGAAUGGUUGGCUCAGAAGGAUGCUGAUGAUAUCGAUGCGUUUGAGGUUCCAGAUCAUGAGUUCGCGGUUGUUACAUUUCCUUAUAACUAUAAUUUGGGUAGAAAGGCGUUACUUGAUGAGAGAUUUUUGCUCCCGUCCAGUCCUUAUUCAGAAUCAGAGGAAAUCAGUGUUGCUGGAAAGAGGAAGAGAAAGUCAUUUUCGGAUCCCGAGGAUAUAAGUGAGUCUAUGAGUAAUCAUUGUGAUUCUUCUGGUGAAGAAACUCAAUCAACAAAUAGUUCAAAUAUGAAACUGAUACUGGGCACAUGUGAUGAUCAACAAGUGAGUUCAAGAAUUAUUACCAGUAAAACUAUGAGGAGAGAGUUGAGGAAACGACAGCGAGUAGCUUCUGAGAGAAUGUGUGAUAUCUGCCAACAGAAAAUGCUUCCUGGUAAGGAUGUGGCAGCUCUCCUGAGCAGGAAAACUGGAAAACUUGUGUGCAGCAGUAGAAAUUUGACAGGGGCGUUUCAUGUGUUUCACGUGUCGUGUCUCAUUCAUUGGAUACUUCUCUGUGAAUUGGAAACUUAUGAUAAACCCGUCGAGGAACCAAAAGUGGAAACAAAACGAAGAUCUAAGAGGAAGACUGGAGCCAAACGCAGUGCAAAAGGGAAGAAAGAUGAGAUAAAAGCAGCGAGGAAGAUAAACUCAGUGUUCUGUCCAGAAUGCCAGGGCACCGGUAUUAGCAUUGAGGGAGAUGAGCUAGAGAAGCCUACUGUCUCACUUUCCGAGAUGUUCAGGUACAAAAUUAAACUCAGUGAUGCACGUAAAGCAUGGAUGAAGAAUCCUGAGGUGUUGCAAAACUGCUCAACGGGCUUCGAUUUGCCCCCUGAGCAUGAUCUUCUUUUCCAGGAAUAUGUAUCACCACUCAAGUUGCUGCCCUUCUAUCGUGCUAAUGUUUCGAGCUGAGCCUAUAUUUCCGAUGAGUCACAUUGACAAGUAUUCACAACUGUGAUAUGUGUAGAAUGACUUUACGACUGUGAUUUGUGUAGAACUUACUCUUUCCAUUGAUAUUAACCUUUUGUAAAUGUCACGUAUCUGACGAAACUAUUGGUUGCUAAUGUAGCGUGUAUAGACUGUAGAGAUGAAUGUGUAAUAUGAGGAGAUGAUUUUUCAAUGCAGAUGUACUCCUAUUUGCUAAAGCUGCAUA